AUGUCUGUCGCUAAGAUUGCUGGUAUUGUCCUCGGCUCGGCCGCCCUUGUUGCUGGCCACGGUUAUGUGUCUGGUGCUGUCGUCGACGGCGAGUACUACGGAGGAUACAUCGUCACCUCCUACGCCUAUGAGAGUGACCCUCCGGAGACCAUUGCCUGGUCUACCGAAGCCACUGACCUUGGCUUCGUCGACGGCAGUGAAUACGCCGAGGCUGACAUCAUCUGCCACAAGAGCGCUAAGCCUGGUGCUAUCUCCGCUGACGUCAAGGCUGGUGGUACUGUCGAGCUCCAGUGGACUGACUGGCCCUCCAGCCACCACGGUCCCGUCCUGACUUACCUUGCCAACUGCAACGGUGACUGCUCCGAUGUCACCAAGACUGACCUUGAGUUCUUCAAGAUCGACGAGAGCGGCCUUAUCAGCGACACUGAGGUCCCUGGAACCUGGGCCACCGACAACUUGAUCUCCAACAACAAUAGCUGGACUGUGACCAUCCCCUCGACCCUCGAGUCUGGUAACUACGUCCUGCGUCACGAGAUCAUUGCCCUGCACUCCGCUGAAAACAAGGAUGGCGCCCAGAACUACCCUCAAUGUCUCAACCUGAAGGUUACCGGUAGUGGUAGCUCCACCUACUCGGGCACCAAGGGUGAAGCCCUCUACAAGGACACCGACCCGGGUAUCCUGGUCAACAUCUACCAGAGCCUGAGCUCCUAUGACAUCCCCGGCCCUGCUAUCUCCGCCGUAAGCGCCACCACCACCACCGCUGCUGCUGCUGCCGCCGUUGUCACCGACGUUGAAACCACCGUCCAGACUGCGGUCGCCACUGCUUACCAGACUUCGACUGACGUUGUGCAGGUCACUGUCACUGGCAGCGCCCCCCAGCAAACCCACAUCCAGGUUGCCAGCUCCAGCGCCGCCGCUGUUGCCACCCCCAGCAGCUCCAGCGUCGCCGUCUCCAGCGACAACCUCACCAGCUACUUCAGCUCUCUGAGCGCCGACCAGUUCCUCAGCGUCCUGAAGGAGACCUUCUCUUGGCUGGUCACUGAGAAGAAGCACGCCCGUGACCUCAACGCCUAA